GACGGACCCAUCACUAGGUUAUCUCGACUCGUUAAUCUAUCCCAAUUGGACCUGGGUCGGCAGACUGAGGAAGCUCCAACCUCACAGCGUCCAUCAUGGCACACUCGCCCGCUUGAAUGCGAUGCCGACUUGUUUCAAAUAGUUGAAGCACUGAAAUCAUUACGACGCCUCAGGCGACUCAAUGCCAGUACAAUGACACCGUUGUGGCACCACUCCUCGCUUCUACUUUUUGUUCUACCUUCUAGUGCCGCAUCUCUUUCUCUCAACCCCAUUUAUGGCCCAUCCACUUAUUCACACAAUUCUUUGCUCUCGUUUCCUUCAAUGUCGCUUAAUAGUGUGUCGCUACAAGUGGGUUUAGUGACGCGUAAUCAUCUCCACCAUUUGUACCAGGUGCUGUUUGUAGCGCUUCUGACCAUUUUCUCCUUUUCUUUCCUACCCCGCCUGUCAAUUGUUCGUUGCUAA